GUCAGUCAAGAGACAUUAUCUCUAUAAAUAAAGGGGAAAGAAAGCUACAGAUGGAAGUAAGUGAGCACUCCCAAGAGAGCACAAUAAGAUACCUUCAUCUGUCCCGUGCGCGCGUCAUCUGAAUAUGCCGAAUUCAAGCAGCUCCACAUCUUCCACGAAGAGCAUCCGGAGAGCUGCGUCUGAACUCGAGCGCUCGGACUCUAUCACGGUUUACAUACACUGCAUUGAAGUUCUUAUGCGCUUUUGGAGAUGUAAAUCACCUCCAUCCGAUGUCCAACAGUCUCAGAAGUUUGUGGGAAGGCGGCAGAGUUUGAUCGAGGACGCGCGUAAGGAGCGCGAGGCGGCGGCGGCGGCAGCGGAGGUAGCGGGACUCAACGAGCAGAUCGUGUUUGAGGAGAGCGAUGGAAAAGCCUUGCUCAGUCUCUUCUUCUCUCUGAGGAUAUCAAAGAGCCCAGCGCUGUCCCGCACUCUCAAGGUUUUUGAGACAUUUGAAGCCAAGAUCCACCAUCUUGAGACCAGACCCAGCCGAAAACCAAAGGACGGCUUGGAGGAUCUGGAGUAUUAUGUUCAGUGUGAGGUGCACCUGUCAGACGUCAGCACGCUGGUCAGCUCUCUGAAGAGGAGUGCAGAGGACGUCAAAACCACAAAAGAGGUCAAAUUUCAUUGGUUUCCCAGAAAAAUCGCUGAAUUGGAUAGAUGCCAUCAUCUUGUCACCAAAUAUGAUCCCGAUCUGGAUCAGGAUCAUCCAGGAUUCACAGACCCUGUUUACAGGAAACGACGGAAGAUGAUUGGAGAAAUUGCCUUUAAAUAUAAACAAGGAGAAUCGAUUCCUAGAGUUGAGUAUACGGAAGAGGAGAUCGGAACAUGGCGAGAAGUGUACUCCACCCUCAGAGAUCUGUACACGACCCACGCCUGUAGUGAACACUUAGAGGCUUUCCAGUUGCUGGAGAAACACUGUGGCUACAGUCCCGAUAACAUCCCUCAGCUGGAGGAUGUGUCCCGCUUCUUAAAAGAGCGCACAGGUUUCCAGCUGAGGCCAGUGGCAGGUCUCCUCUCCGCACGAGACUUUUUGGCCAGCUUGGCCUUCCGUGUGUUCCAGUGCACGCAGUACAUCCGGCACGCUUCCUCCCCCAUGCACUCGCCUGAACCGGAUUGUGUUCAUGAACUUCUUGGACAUGUGCCGAUAUUGGCUGAUAGAACAUUUGCACAGUUUUCUCAGAGUAUUGGUCUGGCCUCUCUUGGAGCUUCUGAGGAAGAUAUUGAGAAACUGUCAACACUGUACUGGUUCACGGUGGAGUUCGGACUGUGUAAGCAAGGAGGGAAGAUCAAAGCGUAUGGAGCAGGACUGCUGUCGUCUUUCGGAGAGCUGGUGCAUUCUCUCUCAGAUGAGCCAGAGAGACGGGAAUUCGACCCGGACAUUGUGGCUGUUCAGCCGUACCAAGACCAGACGUACCAACCCGUCUAUUUUGUGUCGGAGAGCUUCAUAGUUGCCACAGAGAAACUGAGAGCGUACGUGACCCGCAUCAAGAGACCAUUUUCUGUGCGGUUCGACCCGUACACAGACGGCAUAGAAGUGCUGGACAACCCUCUGAAGAUCCAGCAGGGGCUGGAGACCAUUAAAGACGAGCUGAAGAUCCUCACGGAUGCCCUGAAUGUGUUGGCUUGAUUCUGUCUCCAGGAGCCGAACGACUCUCCUGUUCCUCUCUGCUUCACAUGUGACGUCUCAUCGUUAUGCUGUGCGUCUACGUCUACAUCUGCUGCUAUACUGACGUCGUUGCUUUUAAAACAGCCUCAAAACUUCAUGUUGGAACUCUA